AUGGCCAUUCUCGACACUGGACACCCGCUCCCUGCUCUUUUUGUUCCUGGUGGACCGUUUUACAACUGGCCAUAUACGAGGCGCAACAUCCAGACUGCAGAGACGUAUGUUUCUGAACGUCUUCGGAAACAGAACGGUACCAACCUCCCUAAUGGAUCGGGAGCUCCAGCAUCCGGACCACGUCCAAGUCCAAGCCCGGCUCAUAUCCUAUCUCCUGUACUCGGUUCAGACCCAGCUCUACCUCAGUCUCAAUUUGUCGACCCAAGUUUUGGUCAAGCUUCAUCGCCACCUCCAGCUCCAGCUCCCAGCUCGUCUUUCGGUGACAUUGAGCUGCCACGUGCCCAUCACUCAAGCUCUACCCAUGGACCCGCUCAUGAACUGGAUAUCGGCGCCAGCACUCUUCAGGAGAUGAACUACGACAUAUCGCUCGACAUGGCUCCGGAUAUCAGCGACGACCACACAGUUAUUACCGCUGAUGACCUUGACUUCAGCAACAUGGAAUCGGAACUCAACGCCGACACCAUCAAUCGCAUCACCGAUGGCCGUUGGCUCAACGACGCUGCCAUCGCCAAACUCUUGGAGCUCUUCUCUUCUCUACGCCCGCUCGAUGCUAAAUCCAUCGACCCGUUGCUCAUUGACAGAGCUCCCGUUAACAAGGCUGUGACCCAUCUUCUUUCGGCCUCUGGAUCUGACUUGACGGUCCUCGUUCCUAUUCGAUGCAACGCUCACUGGAUCUUGGUUGUACUGCGCGCAACUGACAAGUCGGUUCUCUACUACAACUCAAUGCCUGGACACGACAUGCCCAACCUGCCUGCCCGUAUCAUUCAAGUUUGCCAAGGUCUCAUCAGCGGACUCGACUACGAUAUUGGUGCCGCUGUUUCGGCCGGUACGCUAUCCUGCCCUCGGCAACUCAACACGGUUGAUUGUGGCGUUGCUGUAAUCGUCAAUGGCCUCUACACCUUGGCCUCACGACCUCUGCCUUCAACCACCAGCUGCGAUUAUGGUAUCUGGCGCCUUGUCUUGGCCGCAAUGCUCAUCGAUGCAGAUGAGCUUGGCGGCAACCUGAGUCUAGUGCCUCCCGAGCUGGCCGAGGAACCCAUCAUCGAUAUGGGCACUGCAGAGCCUCGCCCGGCACAUCUUGCUGCCUCUGAGUAUCGCGACUGGGUACGCACAGAGAGACAACGACUGGUGACCCAUAUGAGGUCAACUGUCGACAGCCUUGCCGAGCUUUUAUCCCGAUGCCGUUCUUAUCGGAUGCUGAUAACUGAGAUUGUGGCCGUGCUAGAGUCCCCGGCCUUGAACCCCGACACCGCGAUGAACCAGGAGCUGGAAAAGCUAACCACUUCUCUUAAGAAUGUGCAAUCCUUGAGAUGGGUUAACCCCAUAGCCGAGUCUGCCUUGAAGAAGCAGUUGAGAAUUCUUCAGACGCGGGCAGAUCAUGGUGCAGCUUGCAGGGCGAGGAUGGAAGUGUUGAUUCGUCAGUACAAGGCUGACCUGGAGGACCUUGAAGUCAUGAAUCGAGAUACGGCUGUAUUGGUGGAAGGGCUACAGCAGGAUCUUGCAGAGUGGUAA